GCGUCAUUCGACAUUGCGAGCUGUUGGGACCGUUCUGUUAUCACGAAUACGUGAGUUAUGAAAAGAGCGAUGUGGUACUACUUGUUUCUCGUUACUGCCGGCUUGGCUGUGAUGUCGCAUGCGUGUGAAAUAUGCGACAAGGAAGAGAAAAAGACGGGCAUCGAAGGCGACAGCAAACCUGUUGACUGUGACUGGGUGUGCGAUAAUUCCUAUGAAAAAGGAUCUCACCGUAGAAAUUACGUCCACAUCGAAAAUGUCCACAUUCAUGAUAGCAAUAUCAAUAUUCAUGGAUGGGCAGGGUUCAAUGCACAACACGAAGGCGACAGAUCAAGAAAAUGGUACAGUCCACAACAAUCCACGACUGCAAACAAAGCUAUGACCAAGAAAAAGGAAAAGAAACAGAAAGUGACUCAUAAAAAAGCAAAGUCUAUUACCAAAGAUCCGCCCAAACUAGAAAUCGAAAUAGAAGACGAAGACAUAGAAGUUGACUCAGAAGAAUUCUCUGACUAUGAUGAAUAAACAGAACAAACACUUGCCAAGAUCUGCUAGUUGCAUGUCAACAAAAACCAAGUGAUUACACAUUAUUAGACGUUUGUUAGUUUGUGACAUGUCUGUAAACGUUGAAAAAUCAAUGAAACAGUUUCGAGACAAUUCA